AUUUGUGGUGUGCAACUUUCACAUUGAAAGAUAAUGGGAAUCUCAGUUGAGGCAUGGAGGCUGAGAAUAGGUUGUUUUACACACUCUUCCUCGGCCAGCAGUGAAGAUGACCCUCACAGAAACAGCCACCGGAAACGAAAGUGUAGAACAUCAAAUCAUGAUUGUGUAGCCAAGGUCUUGCCUGUUGAACAAAAUGAGGAGUUGCCCAGUGCCCUGGGGACUAAAAGAUUGAAACCAGCCUCUCCUAGAAAAUCCUUUGCACAGCAGUUAUGCACUUAUAUUCCAAAUCUCAGAGGGCACCUGUCAGCCGGCCUGAGACUGCUGUUGUUAAUAGGACUACUGUUGCUGGUGGCAGGAGAUGUGGAGGCCAACCCAGGACCCAGUACAACACCUGGUUCUGAACAGAACAAUGGGAAAGAUCCUGCCAAAGAAGAACUGCAAGCUCAGCCCAUAUCCCCAGAACAACCACAAGCUCAUGAUGAAGAAAUUGCCAAAUAUGAGGAGGAGGUUAUGGUGUAUUUGGAGCGUGGCAAAGAACCAUUUAAAAGAGGGGAAUUUGAUGUUGCUGCAGAGCAUCUAAGCAGAGCACUGGAAUAUGUGGAGAAAUUCCACCUGCAGAAAGGCAUUUGUAUCACCCCCCAUCAGCUGCUGGUUGAUGUUUAUUUCAAUCGCUGUUUUUGUUAUCAGAUGAUGGGUGAGGGCCAUUAUCUAAUGGCAUUGAAAGACCUGCACAAAGCCAUUGUGUACUGCAGUGAAAUUACUAUGAUAAUUGAUGAAUUCCGUGUUCGAGGGGAUAUACUAUUAAGCAUGAUCAGCAGACAGAUUAGGGUUGACAAUGACAGAAAUCAGGUGGAGGAAGCAAAAAGAGUUAUCGAUGUCAUGAAAAAAGAUGGCAUCAUUGGGUUCAACAAACAAGAAUACAUGAAAGCCUUAGCAAUAUUUGGUAAUACAUGCAAACUGGCUAACCUCUUGCGUAACUGGAGAGAUAAAGUGCUGCAGAUCUGUAUGUGUCUUUUAUUGAACACAAACUGAUGGAACACUCCAAACAAGCAAGCAAACGUGACCAUCCUCUGAGAAUAUAUGGAAUAGAGAAAGAGAAGGGUUACAAGGAUGUCAAGUACUCAGUUUGUACCAGGCCAUCGCAAAAACAGCUUGAUAGACAUAGGAUUAUAAUAACAACACUGUCUGCAUCCAUGCUGUUAAAGUUUGGACCUUCAAAGGCACCGGUUUUUACCCACAUUUUCAUCGAUGAAGCAGGACAAGCAUUAGAGCCUGAAUUGGUUAUGCCUCUUUCACUUGCUGAUCCCAAAACUGUUGUUGUAUUAGCUGGAGACAAUAGACAACUACUUCCAAAAAUAUACAGCAGAGUUGCAAAGGACCAGCAUUUUGAAAUGUCCCUGCUACAACGUCUCUUUCACCUCAACCUAAAGCAAAUGAAAGAAAAAGCUCCAGAAGCAGCAGCAACUGCAAAGAGUGGCAACCAACAUGUGUUUCAUCUCACAAUUAAUUAUCGAAGUACACCAGAAAUUUCGCAAUUUCUUGGGCAGACAUUUUAUCAAGGUCAUCUUCAUUGUGCUGCAGAAAUUGGAUCAGAUAAAGGUGUUCCUCCUCUCUCAUUUUGGGUGACAAGAGGUGAGGAGAAAAGGUCUGGAGCGUCCUACUACAACAUACCUGAGGCCAAAGAAGUGAUGAUGCGAGUCCAGUACCUUAUUGAGAAUGGUAAAAUUAAACCAUCCAACAUGGCUGUUGUAACUCCCUAUGAAGGGCAGAUGCUAGUUAUGUCAGAAAUGCUGGAAGAGAAAGGACUAGGUGCUGUCAAGACAGAAAUCAUUGAAAACAUUCAGGGUCUUGAGUUUGAUGCAAUAAUUCUGAGUACAGUACGAACUUGUAGUGGUGAAACUUCUAGUGGUGCUUUGGGAUUUUUGGAGAACAGUCGUCUUCUCAAUACUGCCAUGGGAAGAGCAAGGAGGCACAUUUUGGUGGUUGGGGAUCCUUUCACUCUUUGUAGCAUUGGAUCAUGUCGUACUAUAUGGAAACACUACAUUGAUGAAUGUAGGGUAAAAAGUUCAUUGUAUCCAGAUAUUGGGUGUGAGAUUGUUGAAGAGAUUCUUGGUAAAGAUUACCAACGUCUGGGAGGCACAGAAAAUGGAAAGGAAACUGUAGAACAUCAUGAAACAGCCAAAAGCAUCUGCACAGAUACGACUGCUAGAGAUUCUGGUUACAGUUCAGUGACUGGUUCUGGCGAUUCAGAAUGUACCUCUGAAAUAGACUCAGACAAAGAUGACGAAUUAAGUGAUGAAGAAAUCUUCAAAAAUUUAGAAAAGCAAUGGAAAGAUGAUGAACAGUUUGUUUCCAGUAAAGAAAUAUCUUAUAUCCAAGAUGAAAUCCAUUUUGAGAGAGAUGGAUAUCUUGAAGAUGAACAUAGCACCAAUACCCUACAUGAUAUGAAAUUGGAUUCAUGGUUGUAUCAGACACAUAGAUAUGCCAGGGGUGCAGAUGAUGAAGAAAUGAAUGAGGGUGAGGCAGAAGAUGAGGAUGAUGUCAGGGAUCUCAAUGAACAUUUCUAUGAUUUCUUUGUCAAAGGCAUAGACCAAAAAGAAAACUAUUAUGAACAUCUUUCAAAGAUUGAAUUGAUGGAUAUGUUGAAAAGGGAGCCGAGCAAGUUUAAGAUCUGUACUCUUUACAUAGAGAGUGCACAGAAAGGGUUUGCAGUGCCCAUUGAAAGAAAUGAACCAGUUCCCAGGAUAAAUCUCUAUGGUAGAAGCAACUGUGGGAUGGCUUUUGAUAAAACUGAGGUUGUUGUAAGGCUCAAUAAUCCCCCAACAUCUGACAAAAUCAACUUGGACACCGAUUUCCAUGGAAAAGUAAUAGGGACAUGGAGUCAGGUAAAAGUCAGAAAGUUUACAAAGUUUGUAUGUACAGUUGAUGAAUUCAGAAUAGAUCUUAUGAAACCUUUAAACAAGACAGUACCUAAAAUACAUGUGAUGAACCCUACAGGGACUGACAACAGAAUUGCAGUUUAUUCAUCAGACAAAGAUGGGAGACUAAAUGUCAAGAGAUGGGAACCAGUAGACCUCCGACUGAGAGACAGCAAGGUUUUUGUGGUCAGGUGUUUGAAGUGGUCUGUCUUCCAGUAUCCACUUGGAUAUGUUGUAAAAGUUUUACCUGCUGGCACUGACUUCACAAAUGCCCAGGAGAUAUUGAAAAUCCAAUACCAGUUGUCUCAGAAAUUCCCAGUAGAUGUUGAAAAAAAGAAGCGAGCCCUCAUGAGAGGUCUCUCAAAGAGAUCUCAAAAAGUUCCAGAAGAUGAAGAACCCAAAACAUCCCAUCUUCCAGAUGACUUUUUCACAAAUAGAGAGGAUUGUAGGCAGCUCCACUGUUUUACAAUUGACCCAAAGGACUCCGAGGACUUAGACGAUGCACUAUCAGUGGACUUUUGUGAAGAUGAUACUGUGAGAGUUGGAGUUCACAUAGCUGAUGUGUCGGCAUUUGUUGAACCAGGGGAUCCCAUAGAUCAAGAGGCAGCUUUACGAUCUAGAACCUUUUAUCCUGCAGAAAUGCCAGAUUCAGACGAAAGAAGCCACCCUGAGAAACCAUACCAUAUGCUACCUACUGAACUUAGCACCAACUUCUGUAGUCUCUUAGAGGGGAAGGACAGAGUUGCAAUAUCAGUAUUUUUCAAAUUUGAUAAAAAUGGGAACAUCACCAUUGGCAGCAAUAUUGAUGACCUACCUGGUACGCCAAAAAUUAAAAGGACAGUCAUACGAUCAAAAAGGCAGUUGUCAUACAAAGAUUCAGAGGACAUUCUCAGGGACUCUGAAAAAGAGAUGGGCAGUUAUCUGACAGACAGUUUAAUCUUUCUGCACAAAGCAGCAGAACAUUUACGCCACAAUCGUCUCAAAGAAGCUGCAAAAUUUGUGCAUGCUGAUGGCAAGGAGUCACCUAUGUCAGAGCGAAUCAUUGGAGAAUUCAUGAUUUUGACAAAUGCAACAAUAGCAAAAAUUCUGACUAAAACAUUUAGAUAUGUACCUUUACGAGUGCACUUUGCACCAGAUAAAGAAACUCUAGCUGAUUGGCAAAACCAGUAUGGUGCCAUAGCAGAACUAACAUCUUAUCUGAGUCAUUAUGUGAAGGAACCGCAAACUUCGCCAGAGUUCAUUACAGUCAGACAACAAACUUGGCAGAAGAUGAUCAGUCUUGCGGAGAGCACAGAAGGGCUGUCAGAGCUGAAGAAUUGUCUUGCAUCUGAGGAGGACUACCCAAUGCAGUUCUGUGCCAUGGCAGCUUGGUUUGAUGUGCAACGACCAGCACGCUAUGUCAUCUCAGACCCAAAUGAUUCUGAUGCAGACUAUUCUCACUUUGAUUUGAAUGUCCCCAUUUACACCCAGGUCUCCUCACCGAUUCGUAAAUAUAUGGACCUCAUUGUCCAACGUCUGCUCUGUGACAUGUUGGAUGGAAAAACAAAACCAACUGAACCUUCAUACAACAAUUUCGAAAGUAUGCAGCAGAUUUGUUUGUUGUACAACGAGAAUUCACUCAGGGAAAAAAUGUUCAGCAAAGACUGUAAAAUUUUGAAAAUAAGUCUGGAAUUGCAAAAGAAUGGCCAGGCAUUGUACUCACCAGUUGUCACAAAAAUUGAAGAGUCUUCUUUAGCAUUAAAUAAUCCAGCCAUGUCUUACCUUCCAAGAAAGUAUUCCACUAUAAGUUAUAGAACCCUGGGUUUAAUGGAUGUCCCAGUUCGUGGACAAUACAAUGAUAUACGCUUCAAAUGGUCCAAGAGACUUUACAACAAAGAAUAUGAGACGGCCAAAUCAACAUUUUUGCCUUCCAAAAUGGAGAGGGAUUUCAAACUGUAUCCAUUUCAAAGUGAGGUUUUAGUGCCAAUUGACUGUUGGAUUAAAUUGCAAAAUACUUCAUUUUGGUUUUCAGAAAAAUUGAAAGGUACGUUGCAUAGCAUACAAGAGUACAAUUAUAGAAAACAAGCAACAUAUCCUAGUUAUGUGUCUGGAGACAUGUCUAUACUUGAGCAGACAAGCAAGAAGGGCAGUCACGGCAAACCGCUCAUCCUACCAGAAUGCAAAUUGGCAUUACACUUAACAACAGGAAAUGUGUUGGAAACCCUGAUGUCUUCAUGUGUUGAGAUGGGGAAACUGAGACCUUUUGUGAGUUUACUUGGCAUAACUCCGCACUUCAAAAUCUGCUUGUCACAUAGGGAGGACCCAGUCAAAAUGUUUUCAGAUCCUCUGGCUGCACGUCCAUUGAUGGACAAAUAUGUAGGAAUUGAACAUUACCAGAACGUGAUUCUUCCAGUCUUGGCAAUAGAGUCUGCAGCCUGUGCUGUGGCCAAUGAUGACGCUGUGACUAUCCAAAAUGUAACCAUCGUAUGGGAGGAAAAGGAAACUGAAAACAAAACUGUAUACUAUGGAAGAUUUACCCUUGGGGAUUUAUUUUGUGAAGAGCCUAAUAUUGAGUUCUUCCAUGAGGAAACUGAUUCCAACUUGGAAGAAGAUAACGAAGUGAUUGUGGACUGUGGACAGUAUGGUGAUUAUAUCUGUGUAAUCUACACCAGGAUGAACAAAUCUGAGGAGACAAAACACUCUUCUUUCCCAUGUACCAGUAUUGCCAAAUGCGACCCUAUUUGGUGUGGCCAUGGUCUAUUGAUCACAGUAGGAAAGAACAAGAGGGUGUUGUUCAGAUUACUUGGUGAGAAUAUUCCAGGUGCCAUUCUUGAGCAAAGUGAUAGUGAAGAUGGAGAUUUCAAGUGCUGCGUGGAAAUAAUCCAGAAGACCCUUCCUAACAGGUACAUGAAAUCAUCCAUCCAUUUUCCACCAUGGCUAGAUAUGUGUAUUCUUUCUUCAUUGUGA